UCAUGUUGUGGAGGCACGCAUUAAUUUGUGUGACUGUCGAUAGGUCGCAGCAAAAUCGAUAUGCCAUCGGUGUGAACUGCUGCCAAUUGUUGAGGCUUGCAUUUUGUAGUCUUUUUUUUAUAUAUUUUAUUUUUUGCACUCGAAAUUGUAAAUAAUUUAAUGAAACGUAAUUGAAACGAGCUGUGUGUGUUCGUGGUGCCAUGGAUCAGUUCUCGCAUGACUUGACCCUCGCCCUGGAGGAGACCUCGCUAAUGGAUAGAGCAUGCGGGGUUGGUAGGUGGGGCUCGCGUCGUAGAACUCGAUCAACGGGUAAUUUGCGAUAUUCCUCAAUGGCAGCUUGCGCGCCGCAGCCGACUGAAGAUUCAUCGAGCAGUCCCACAGACACACUAAAUAUUAGCGGCCCUAGCCAUGGACACAGCCAUCAUGCAAACCCCAACGCCAAAAUGGAUGGACUGGAAUCGCAGACAUACUCUUUGCUGCCGGCGAGCGAUUCAGAUGACAAAGGUGAACCCAUGUUGCCACUGCGUCUGCCUGGCAAAGCAGUAGCUGCGGUGCGCAUGGGUAUUGGUGCUCUAGAGUCGGAUUCCCUAAACGAAACCACUUUUAGUCCAGCCAGAUUCUAUAAGCCAAAUUCAAGGCGAAAAAGAAAAAUCAAACGCAUGUCCAUGGAGUUUGAGUUUAGCAAAGAUAGCCAACAGCCAACGGGCUCCCCACAUAGCUUUACCGAAUCACCACUGCAGCCGGGCAUGCUGAGCAGCAAUCCAACGGCAUGUGCCUACAACACGGGCACCAUACGCAAGCGUCUGCUCAAGACGGACGCCGCACGCUCCAAUUUGUUUUUUUGUGGCAAACGCAAGCGUUCGAAUCGCGACCGCUAUCACGAGCAUGAACAGGCAGCUGGUUGCGCUGCUCAAGGCGGUUGCAGCGGCAAGUUGCACUCUUCAAGCAUGCCACGUUAUACGCACAUGGAGGAUUCUCGCAUGCGGCCACGCAGCUAUUCAUCCACAUCGAAGCCGCCUAGCGAUCGGCUGUUGCCAUUGAACAAGGGACUACUGUCCAAGAUUGAUCGCAUGGCCCAAACCCAAACACAAGAAGCACAAAAGACUGACAAUACAUCGAACAUGGAGGAGGAGCAGCAAGAACUAGAGCUACCUCAAAAUAAGCAAGCGACAACAGCAGCAACUGCUGCCACAGCAGCAGCAAAGCAAUCGGGUGAUUUUAGCAUGGAUACUGUAGUGCCAGUUAACGAUAUUGCCUCGCUGAUUCAUCCGCCACUAAAAACGCCAGCGCAGCAGCAACAACCAUUGGAUUGCUGCAGUGGUGCGGAUUAUCAGGCGCAUCGUAAGAAAUCGCAAAACAUGCGUAUGAUGAAGGCGCAAAGGCGACGACGCUUUUGCCAGACGCCACAGUCGCUGGAAAUGUCCAUGGACUGCAGCGAUCUGUGCGAUUUUCUUAGCUCCAGUUCGCUGAGCUCCUCGUCGGAUAGCGAGGAUGAACACAGACGUCAUGAUACAGAUCGUGAAGGCGACGAUGAGCUUACCGAUUGGCCGGGCAAUGAGUUUGCAACUAUCAGCAAGUACGAUCCCAAGCGCAAGUUGACGAAAAAAUCGCUGCUGCCGCAAAUACGCUCCGAUGAGAUCAUAGGCGAGGAUGAUACGCUCAUGUCGGGCACGGAGGCAAAUGAGUUCCUUGGCGCUUGCCAAUCGCCGGACGCUUUGCAAGACUUGUCCCGUUUUCAACCUACUGCCUGCUCGGAGCCCAUAGAGAUUUGUGGCGCCGGCAGUGGUGCGCGUCGUGGUUUCUUUGAUGCCAACACUAGCCCAGACAAACCCAAUGGCGUGCCAGUGGUCAGACAGAUUGAAAGUGAAAUGUCGGGAGAAACAUCAAAUCCAUUCCUGUCUUCCUCACCGCCGCAGAAGCUGCAGGAGGUGCGCGAAAUACGCGCUGGCUGUCGCCGCAUCAAUGGCGAUCGUCCGGGCUUCAGCAUUAAGCUGAGCGUCAAUGAGCGCUUGGCUCGUUUCCUACAAGAUGCGCGCCAGACACAAAUACGCUUACCGGAUAUCGAAAUCUAUGAGCAUGAUAGCUUGCUGAAUCUGGCCACGCUAUAUUCGCUCAACAUGGUCGUUGAGCACGGCUGCACGGUGCUGACUAAGACGAGAAAUACAACGCAAUCGGUUAACAUUGAUCCGCAAGGCAAUUUGGAACAGCGGCAGAAUGUCUUUGGUGACUUUAAGCGACGCUGCUAUGGCGACGGCAAUAUUACUGCUCCAGAAGCUGCUGCUGCGUCGGCGGCCAGCAGCGCUGCCAACGAGCUAAUACCAGAGAAGUGAAAGCAGGGCACCAGGUCAGAGCACAGCAAAAAGAGCCUAAUCAACUGCCAAAAGUGGGCGUGACAGCAGCAGCGUCUACCUGACGAUCGACGUUGUCCUGUCCUGCCUGCGGCUGUCCUUAGCUGCUAGCGGCUGAACUGAGUGAAUCAAUUUUUUUUAACUAUUUAUUAAGUUUUUAACAUGCUUAGCUAAUGUCGCUUUUUAACAGAGUUUAAAUGUAUGUAUGUACAUACAUAUAUACGUAUACAUAAUUAUGUAUAUUGUAUAAUAAUAAACUCAAAAGCAAGGGGGGGGUGUAGCAGCGUAGGCCGGGGGCAAAGCGCAUAGAAAUUGUCUGUUUAACAUAAAACACCGCUUUUGCGGUUGUUCUUCUUGUUAUUAUUGCUGUAAUCGUUUUUGUUGUUGGUCGUUGACAUCAAAUGCGCUGUUAAGAGCGAGAUAGCAAUAGCGUAUGAACGACAGAGAGAGGCACGCGUAUGAGAGGGAGUCGGCUGCUUGCUUCCAAUAUUUAACUGAAAUUGUCUUGCGAUUUAUCCACUGUACAAAAUUUAUGUAUAUUAUUACGUUGUUCUGUAAGUUAUGUAUUCGAUGUAAAUGCGUAUAUGA